AACACAAGUGGAGUAAUUAGUUUGUGAUGUUAUUAUACUCCUUCCAGGUGCUACACAUUUUAAUCAUGGAGAUUCCGAAAAUGGGUGUGAGCAUAUUUUUGCUUCCGAUGAGUGUUUUCCUAUUUCAGUAUUUGCUAAGGAUCAUCAGAAUAUCGGUAUUGUUCACUGAAGCCACCAAGGCCUCAGGCAUUCUUGCACAAGCUAAAUGGACAAAAGCUGCCUUCAACCUUCUUCUAUACUUGCAAGGGGGGCAUGUAUGUUAUUUUAAGUUUCAUUUUACUUUUGCUUUUCGAUUUGCUUGAUGUCAAAGGGAGGGAUUUUUCACUAGGAGUUAUGUGAUCGAUUUGUUACCAUUCCACGGUGAGAAACCUAUCAUUCCAUGUAGUAUCCUUUGAUUUAUGGCUAUCGAAAACCUCACUGAGCUUUUAUUCACAGAUCAUCUGUCAUGCAUUGAGUUCAACAUUCAAAGGACGUGUUUGUAUAGCCUAAGUAGCAGCUCACUUGAUUUCUCAAUUGUGCAUAUCUUUCUGAUCAUUAGGUGUUUGGAGGGUUAUGGUACUUUUUCGCUGUAGAAAGAAAGGUUAUAUUCUGGAAGGAAGCAUGCACGGGAAACAUUAAUGGUUCUCGUUCUUUUUACUGUGAUGAUGGAUUCCAGGACUACAAGUUUCGAUAUUCUAAUUGCACUGGAAUAGAUCCUGCAUUAGCUGAUUUUGGAAUAUUUGUGGAUGCUCUUCAGUCUCGUAUUGUGGCAAGACAUGAAACGAGUUUUACUUUCUUUCUAGAGAGGCUAUUUUAUUGUCUAAGAUGGGGGGUGCAAACUCUGAGUUGUUUUGGUCAAAACCUCACAACAAGUACCUAUUUCCCAGAAAAUUUCUUUGUAAUAUGCAUUACCAUCUAUGCCGUCUUUGUGCUUGCCUAUUUAGUUGGAAAUAUGCAGACAUAUCUGCAAUCCGAAACAAUAAGAUCAGAGGAGCUGAGAUUGCAGGGACGUGAGUCCGAGCAAUGGAUGUCCUUCUGGAACCUUUCUGAAAAACUCCAAAAGGAUGUCAAGAAAUUUCAGCCUUACAAGUGGCUAGAAACCAAAACUAUUCAUGCUGAAGAUUUGCUCCAUAAGCUUCCCAGAGACCUGCAAAGGAACAUAAAGUGUGAGCUCUGCUUAGACCUACUGCGAAAAGUAGGAGAGUUUGGAGAGCUGAGUGAAGGGGCAUUGGAGAGCUUGUGUGAUGAGUUAAAGGCAGUGAGCUUUAGUAAGCACACUGUCUUAGCUCGGGAAGGAGAUCCAGUUGAUGAGAUGGUGAUCGUAGUGCAAGGCAAGCUCCGGAGCUCCUCCAGGGAUGGAACGGUAGCCUCUCCAACAAGGACUGCUGCUCCCAAUGGUUGCCGAAAUAUGUUGUUGAAAGACGGUGAGGUAUUAUGGGGGAAAGAACUUUCCACCUGGGUUCAUGCAGACCCACAUCAUUGUCUAUCCCGCCUCCUUAUCUCCCCCGCAACCAUCACCGCGGUUACGGACGUUGAAGCUUUUGUUCUCAUGGUCGAAGAUUUGCAGUGUGUGUUUGAAAGGGAGCACGCUGCUCGUUUCAUUCAAUCGUUUUGGCGUUUUACAAGGGUUUUGCGUUCUAGGAUGCCAUCAAGUACAAAUACCUGACUGACGAGAGCUAUAUAUGAACGCCAUGAAGUGUGUGUGUGUAUGUGUGUGUGUGUGUGUGUGUAUACACAGAAAAUUACUUGCGGGUGACGGGAGUUUUGUCGAAAUAACUCUUAGGUCCGUCU